AUGCAGCACAUCUCCCUUGAGAGCAGAUCUGUUUCAGCAGAGGCCACAUGCAAGCUGAAGGCAAAGUUCAACCUGAGCGGCUACAAGAAUGUGGAAAAGAAGAAGGUUGUUAUUGGGGGCAUGUUUCCUGUACACAAGCGUAUUGCAUCCAGUGAUGGCAACACUUCAAGGGUGCCUGUCUCCUCAGGGUGUGAGGGGUUUAACUUCCGCACCUUCCGUUGGACCCAGACCAUGCUGUUUGCCAUUAAUGAAAUUAACAAGAGGAACGACAUACUGCCCAACACAGACCUCGGCUACGUCAUCUAUGACUCCUGCUUCACCAUCUCCAAGGCAGUGGAGGGCACCCUCACUUACCUGUCAGGCCAAGAUGAGGCUGUACCCAACUACCGCUGCGGGACUGGGGCACCUCUCGCUGCUCUGGUGGGCGCCGGGGGCUCUGAUCUUUCCAUUGCCACUGCUAGAAUACUUGGACUCUAUCACUUCCCUCAGGUCAGCUAUUCUUCAUCUUGCUCCGCCCUGGAGAGUAAGUUCCAGUUCCCUACUUUCCUGAGGACCAUUCCCAAUGACAAGCACCAGUCUACAGCUAUGGCCCAGCUGGUACUGCACUUUGGCUGGACUUGGGUAGGCACCAUUGCUGCAGAUGAUGAUUAUGGCAAGUAUGGCAUCAAAGACUUCAAGGAGCAGGUGGAGGAAGCUGGUGUCUGCAUAUCCUUCUCUGAGACACUGCCCAAGGUGAGUUCCCCGGAGGACAUUCAGCGCAUCGUUCAAACUGUAGUCGAGGCCACAGCCAAGAUCAUCGUGGUUUUCUCAUCAGACGUGGAUCUCAGUCCACUUAUUGUUGAGCUGCUCCGGCAUAAUGUGACCAACCGCACCUGGAUUGCCAGCGAGGCCUGGGUGACCUCCGCUCUUAUCAAUCAGCCAGACGUGAGCUCGGUGCUGGGAGGUACUUUGGGCUUUGGAGUAAAAAGGGCAAACAUACCAGGCCUUCAGCACCAUCUACUGGAUUUGGACCCUUAUGAUGACCCACUUGCUGAGGAAUUCUGGGAGUUGUUGUUUCCCUGCACAUUGAACUUUAGCAAAGCAGCGAGUCAUGCCAAGCAAAUGGCUGAAGAGGUUAACGGAACACUUUCCAGACCAGUGAGGGGCAUUCCUGAAGGGCUAUGUACAGGGCGUGAGUCUCUGGCACAGCUCAAUAACACUUAUUUGGAUGUUUCCCAGUUACGAAUAACUUACAGUGUGUACAAAGCCGUGUACGCUGUGGCCCAUGCUCUGCACAACCUAGAGCACUGUGAGGCGGGAAAGGGUCCGUUCAAUGGGAAAAAAGAAUGUGCUGACAUCACCAAGUUUGAGCCGUGGCAGCUGAUGUACUACUUGAAGAAUGUGCAUUUCAAAGUACCGAACACAGAUGAAGAGCUCUACUUUGACAACGGGGAUGUAGAAGCAUUUUAUGACAUAAUUAACUGGCAGAUCAAUAGUAAUGGGGAGAUAUCCUAUAUUACUGUUGGACGCUACAAUGGCUCAGCAGCCCCAGAGGACAGGAUGACCAUAGUGAAUGACUCCAUUGUGUGGAACAAUGAAGUUUUGCAGCCUCCUAGGUCAGUGUGCAGUGAAAACUGCCAGCCUGGAACCCGGAAGGGAAUCAGACAAGGAGAGCCGGUUUGCUGCUUUGACUGUAUCCCAUGUGCUGAUGGAGAGAUAAGCAACAUGACUAAUGCUCGUGAAUGUGUCCUGUGCAGUGGAGACUACUGGUCCAAUGAGGCUCAUGAUGCAUGUUUACCAAAAAUCAUUGAGUUUCUGGCCUUUGGAGAGCCACUGGGGAUCACUCUCAUCGUCAUCUCGGCCUUUGGAGCUCUACUCACCAUUGCUGUCGGGGUGGUGUAUGUUGUGAACCUGGGCACCCCUCUGGUGAAAGCUAAUGAUGCUUUGUUGAGUUUCUCACUGCUCUUCUCGCUGGUGGUGACCUUCCUCUGCUCCAUCGUCUUUCUCGGAGAACCUCAGCACUGGAGCUGCAUGACCAGCCAAGUAGGACUGGCUCUGGGCUUUGCUCUCUGCCUUUCCUCUCUCAUGGGUAAGGCGGCUGUAUUAAUGCUGAGAGCUCAGGCUCUGAAAGCAGCCCGUGCAAGAAACAAAGCAGCUGCUAAAGCUGCAAAAGCUGCAGCUGAAGCAGCAGCCAACAGUGGAAAUCCAGAUGUCAUUGUAACCAACACAAUUCAUAACACUGAUGCUACUUGUGCUAAACCUGAAAUAGACACUCUCACAUGUGCCCACCAGAGGGCGAUAGCUUCCGUGGCAACAUUAAUACAGGCUAUAGCAUGCACAGUGUGGCUCAUCAUCCUUCCUCCACAUCCAGUCAAGAACACCUCUGCCCAGAAUAUAAAGAUCAUUCUCGAGUGUGAUGAAGGCUCUGUGGUCUUCAUUUGUUGUAUCUUUGCCUAUGACAUCCUGCUGGCUCUGCUGGCCUUCAUCUUUGCCUUCAUUGCCCGUAAACUGGAAGAUCACCUCAGUGAGGCCAAGUGUGUGACAUUUGGCAUGCUGGUCUUCUUCAUCGUUUGGAUCUCCUUUGUCCCGGCGUACCUCAGCACACGAGGAAAGUUCAUGGUUGCUGUCCAGAUUUUUGCCAUCCUGGCAUCCAGCUUCGGCCUGCUGACCUGCAUCUUCCUGCCAAAGUGUUACGUUCUUUUGAUCAAACCUGAACGCAACACAGAGGAGAUGAUGAGGCCUCGCGCCAAACUAAGUGACGGAAUCUCGACUGGGACCUCAGCCUCACUCGCUACAGCUGCUACUGAGGUCAACGCUACAAUCGCAUCCACUGCUAUUGAUGAUUAGCAGAGCAACAAAGAACUAAACAGAGCCACUAGAAUUGAAAUGUCAAAAAUGUAUGGCAGAUCGGCCACUGUUUCAUCGGGCAUCUGGACCAGCUGAAUAGGGCCUCAUGUUUAUUCAUGUGUAUUUUACAGUCAGCAAUUGUAGCCUUUAAUUCAUAAAUCAAAUAAUUUAGAUUUAUAAACUCGAUUGAUGUCAAUAUGCAAUGCGUAAAGAAAACUUCUACCUCUAUAUACAGCAUUUUAAAAAAAAGCUACUUUAGGAUGCAAUUGUAAGCAAUUUUGACUUCACUUGAUUUGUUACGA